GAUUUGCCACAUUAUUGUCUCACACCCGUAAUGCACCUUACUUAUAUGAGUAUCUCUAUUUUCAUGCUUCAUGUGUGACGUGACAGUGCCAUAUCGACUAUUACUAGGUUGGGGAUAUCAUGCAACCCUCGGACUUCCCGGAUCGUUUUCGGCCCUGGUUCCUGAAUUCACCAACGAAUACUAUUUAUUCAAAUAUCCAAAGAAACCCGACAGAACACAGCUUAAAUAGAGGAAUACCGCUCACCUACCCCACAAUGCAGCUCAACAUCUGCAGCCACCUGCAGCACCGAGGUAGCCAUCACUGCCAAUGCAUGCCGUUGACCAUGCCGCACGGAUGUCCAUAUACCUGUAUGGCUUUGUCUACGCUGCGAUCCCCCUGGCUCUUGCAACGAAAUCAAUACUAUUUAUGCAACCCCGAAUAUACCACAACGGUGCCCGAUGAGCCCGGAACCUAUUGGGACCAACGGUUCCACCCCGUAUGGCAUACUACAUACCUUCCAGGUUGUAUCGCCGAGGCAUUACAGCAGCUCCUUGUUACUGUAUUGCGUUUUACAGUGUAUGCUCCUCGCAGUGUGAUAUUGUCAGUCACAAAAUCUAAGUAAGGCAAAAAACAAAAAGUAAAAAGAAAAGAAAAAGCCACUGUCCCUAUAUGUUGCAAGAGGAUCAGGAGGCAAAAGAGAACAGCCGAACGCGGGGGUCGAACCCGCAACCUUGAGAUACC